AAUUUUGUAAUCAUCCUACUUGCAACACGUGGGAAGGUUCCAAGAUGGCAGUAGCCAGGGUUUUGGUUUAUGGCGGGAAAGGAGCUCUUGGAGCUACAUGUGUGUCUUAUUUCAAGUCCAAAGAUUGGUGGGUAGCUUCAGUUGACUUGUUCCCUAACGAAGAAGCACAUGCAAAUGUGGUUGUUUCUAAGACAGACUCAUGGACUGAGCAAAAUGAAGAGAUCCAGCCCAAGGUGGAGGAGAUCCUCGAUGGUAACAAGCUUGAUGCAAUAAUCUGUGUUGCGGGUGGAUGGGCUGGUGGAAGUGCCAAAAGCAAAGCUGUUGUCAAGAAUGCAGACUUGAUGUUCAAGCAGAGUGUUUGGACCUCUCUUAUUUCUGCGAGUAUUGCCUCUAAACAUUUGAAAGAGAAUGGUUUGUUGACAUUAACCGGAGCUCAGCCUUCACUGGGAGCUACACCAGGGAUGUUGGGUUAUGGUAUGGCCAAGGCUGCUGUGCAUCAACUUGUUAAAGGACUUGCUGACGAGAAAGGAGGUCUGCCAACCAAUGCAUCUGUUCUGGCUAUCUUACCCAUGACAUUAGACACACCAGGUAACAGAAAGGGAAUGCCUAAUGCUGACUUCAAUCAAUGGACACCCCUAGAGUAUGUUGCCAACUUGUUAUUUGAAUGGACCCAAGGCAGCGAUGUUCCACCGAGGGGAAGUUUGGUCAAACUGAACACCCAAGAUGGACUCUCUUCGUAUGAAAUUCACACCGGCGAACUUCUUUGAUAGACCUGUGACAUCGCUUAAAAUAAUAAUGUUCUUUGAUUCCUAAGACAAUGAAACAACCGCUUUUACUGAGAGCUAUCAACCAAGACUGAACCAGGAUAAUCGUUUUAGGAAACUGUACUGCUAUAGGGAGAAAUUGGAGUCGUAGCUUAUCAAGACAGUAGCCUUUCCAGUUUUAAAGGAAAGUUGAUAGGGUGUACUACUACUGUGUAUACUAAUGUGUGGCUUCAGGUUGACCGCUGAAUAAAGUAGGGCACUGUAGGGUACCUUUGAGGUACCUGUACAAUUCUUAAAAAAUCCUUCCUUUCACUUGCAUCAUUAAUGUGGCCACGAGAGACCGUCAAGGGGAUGUUACGAUUUUAUCCGUUCCAUAGGUUUUUUUUUUUAGAUUUGUAUGAUUUUUCUCAGUCCCUUCGUCGUCGUCGUCAAAUGGAAUUCGGACGUGCCUUUUUUUUUCACGAAUAAAUUUAUUUGACUACAGUGGCCCA